AUGGCUACUGAUUUGGCUGCUGAAGAAGCUGACAUUCGUGAGGAAGAUGUGUUGAAGGAGAAAGAUGCUUUUGAGGAACUUAAGAAGCUGGCAGCCAAGUCGCUGACUGAGACAGUUAAUCAGUUGAUUGACACUGUUAAUCAGGUGAAGGAGGAUGAAAAGGCCGAAUAUGCGACCUGGCCAUCAAGAGUCGCUGAUGCGGUCAAACAUCGGGGGUUUGUUGUGUAUGAGCGUGAGGGUGUGUCUUACCGGGACGCGUCUGUACAGAUGACUGAUUGGAAUGAAGUUAUGGAAGAGUCGAAAGCGGGCCCGCUAUUGACAACUCAGUCUGCAUGGUGCAUGGAUUGUGGUACCCCUUUUUGCCAUCAGGAGCACACGGGUUGUCCUCUUGAGAAGAAAAUCCCUGAAUUCAACGAGUUGGUUUACCAGAAUAGAUGGCGUGAGGCAUUGGAUCGACUUCUUGAAAGAAAUAACUUCCUAGAGUGCACGGACCGGGUUUGUCGCGCUCCAUGUGAAGGUUCAUGUGUGCUGGGUAUAAUUGAAAACCCGAUCUCCAUCAAAAGCAUUGAAUGCUCAAUCAUAGACAAAGCCUUUGAAGAAGGAUGCUGCAAGAAAGCCUUUAGGAGCAGCUAUAGAUGGCCUGCUUUGGGUGGUGGACUAGAGAUAGCGGGUUCCUCUGUCCUGGAAAUAGUCAAUACUGAGUGUAAAUGGCCCCAAGUAAUUGUUGACGUACUUGAUGUGGCAAAGAAGAUGAAGAAAACACCAAUUUUGUUCUGUAAUGGCAGUGGACUUGUGGUGAAUAAGAUCUGUGGCAUGUAUUCUCAAGCAGCAAUGUUUGUUGUUGCUGAACAAGGUGAAGAAGGGAAGCAACGUGUGGAGCAGCCUAACAAUAUGGUAUGGGCUGUAUUGAAGCCUGGAUUCUUGGCAAAAGGUAUCAUGUGGAAACAAAAGCAUAACAAUAAGAAGUAG